AUGUACAGCAACAUUGGCAUCAACAUUGGCAUCAGCAUUGGCAUCAGCAUUGGCAUCGGUAUCAACAUUCGCAUCAACAUCAAUAUUGACAGCUACAUUAGAAGGAACAGUAACAUGAGUAUUUCCAGCAAUACUAAGAGUGAUGUCAAUGCCAGCAGCAGCAGCAGCACUACCACCACCACCACCGCCAACAACAGCAUCAUCAUCAUCAUCAUCACCAUCAACUACAACAACAACAGCAGCUCUCCCCCGCCUGCUACGUGGCCACCAGCCCCUAAACAAGUCCAGCCAUCAUGCCCCCCCGCCCGCGCCAGGAACAAGAACCUGGCCCUACGCAACGUUCUAGCUCCGAGCCGAGAAAGCCUCCAGCAAAACCGCCUGGACCCCUAA